AUUUUUCGGUUGGAUUCGAAUUCGAGCCAACAUUCGAAUGAAUACAGCCGUUGACGCGUUCGUAAUCCUCAAUUAAUCCGUCAACGUUUGUUGUCUUUGUCUCUUCUUCCACACCUUUUCGCUUCACCCAAUUUCCAUGCAAUUUACCUCCCACUUUGUACAAUAAUGCCAAUGAUCAGAAGCGCUGUUAUCUUCAUCCAAUUCCAAUUCCAAUUCCAAUUCAAACCCUUAUCAGAAAUCCUACCGCAGAAUAUUCCGAUCUUCGAAUCCAACACAAUCCGACCCAAUUAUGGAUUCUUCAAGUUUAAGGAUAGCCCUCCUUGUAAUAAUCUUGAUUUGCGCCGCCCCAUUUCAAUCAGAUGCAUCUUUUCUUGAAAAUUUUCGAAAACUAGCAAAGGGUGAUCAGAUGUCUCCUUCGCCUAGCCCUGUUCAGGCGGCGAAUUUACCCGAGAAAGAAUCUUGCGACGAGGUGCCCGAUAAGUGCGAUAUUAAGGAUUUCAAUGUCACUGCCUGCCUCCCUUUUGUCGGAAACGGUUCUCAAGCUUCGUAUAUGCUUGUCCUAAACGGCGGUGAGAGUUCUCGUAAACUGAAUAUUGUUGUCGACCCUGCAAACAUUACCCUAGAGGAAAUAGUAAUUUCCGGACAACAAGUUAAGAAGAUAAAUUUGCCACCAAAUACGGGAGGAAAUUCUUCAAUCGCGCUACAUGUCGAGAACAAAGAAUGCGUAAUCCAGAUGGGAGCUUUGUUACCUCAAGGCUUUUUUUAUACGAGUUAUUUGAAACCUAUUAACGGAACAUACCUAUUUUUCGUGGCUGCCGUUUUCCUUGGAGGAAUUUGGGCAUGCUGCAAAUUGGCGACGAAAAGAAGGCGGCAUCUCAAUGGAGUUGCGUAUAAAGAACUCGAAAUGGAGGGCCCCGAAAAAUCCGAUCCUUCGUUCGUCAUUGAAUCAUCCGACGGUUGGGAUCAAAAUUGGGAUGGUGACGAUGAUGAUGAUUGGGAUGAGGAAAAAGCGGUGGCAUUUUCGCCAGGUGGCAAUAUUACUCGUAAAGUUUCGAAAAACUCCGCCUCUUUGAAUCACGUAGAUACUACUCAAUGGGGAAAUGAUUGGGAUGAUUAAUGUGGUAGAUAUAUAGGUGGAAAGUUUUUUUUGGCAUAUAUACUUGAUAGAAAUAUAUAUUUUCUCGCUCUCUUUUGGUUUCAUAUAUACGAGAUACUUCGUAGCGCUUGGUUUUAACCUUAA